CCUCCUUCCCUAUAUACGUUUGCUCUUUCCUUGUGAUUUUUGAUGCAGAAAUGCUUUGGAAAGGCACAACAGAUGCUUCGUAUCAACGUAAGUUUAGUGGAAUUGACUGGAGGGGCUUCCCUGGUUUAACUACAGAAUGGUUAAACCCUUUCUUUUUCAUGUUCUCAGUCGUCUGACACCCAUACCCCUGCCUUUCCUUGGGGUAAAGCCACAGCAGAGAAGGAUGGCAGGCCCCCGGGUCUUGUCAAGAGUGUAUUUUGCUGUGCCUCACCAAUGGGGCCCCUGUGGAAGGAUGCAUGCCCAGCGCUGCCGGUGAAGGCAUGGCUGGUUGAGUGGCCAUCUUGUGGGGUGUCUGUGGAAUCCACUGGUCAAGCGUGCACAUGUUAGAGAGUUGGUUUGGAACCCACUCUGGCUUUUUCUAGCUUUGUGACCUCGGUCAAAUCACAGGCUGAGUUUCAGGGGUCCCACCAUGUGUACGACAGGAGUGAUUAAUGUCUACUACCUCACGCUCUCUCUGGUUGUGAGCAUUGAGAGAGAAUGCACGUGGUCAAAUAAUGUCUGAUGGCCUGGUGCCUGGCAUGUUCUGAGAGCCCAAAUGUUAGCAGAUAGUAUUUAUUUACCUUAUGUUGAGUUUUUUACACUGUUUGGCCCCUGCCUACCUCUUCUUGCUACCCUGUCCAAUUUCACUGGCCUCUGCCUGGAAUUUGCCCUUCCCCGGUCCUGAGCCCCCAACCUUGUCUUUCAAGAUGGGUAGAGUGUCCACCUUCCGAGAAGCCCUGUGUGACCCCAUCCAUAUUCUCACCUCUAUCCACAGAUAAUGUCUUUACUCCUUCCCCAAUAACUCUGUGAUUCACUUCCCGGGCAAGGGCUGUGAUGCCUGACUUAAUCUGUGUAUUUCUAAUAUCUGCACCCUUGCUGGGGCCUGGCAGGCUUACAGUAGACCCCUAAUAAAUACUGGAUGAAUAAGGGAGCGUACAUGUGUGUAUUUGCUUUUUGGGUGUUGUCUUGUGUGUGUGCGCGUAUGUGUGUGUGCGUUUGACUUUGGUGAGUUCAAAUCUUCACAUGCACCUUGCAGUGUCUAGUGUGUGUGAUGAGGGCUUGUUUCCAGGUGUGUCAGAUGGUGACUGAGUGUGGGACUCUCUCUCUGACAGUUUAUGUCUGUUUCUGAGACAAGUGCAUGUCUGCGUGGGUCUGUCUGUGACAGAGCAUCUGUGGUUUCUUUCUGAUGGGGUGGAUGUCCGUUUGUAUUCCUGUGACAGAUUCUGGGUAGCUAUUUCUGGACAGUUUCAGUGACAACGCUGCAUGUUUGCUGGUGUGGGGGGGGGGCGUGUCUAUCCACAUCUGUUUUGUGACACUGCCUAUCUGUGGCUCUGUCGCAUAAGUAUGUCUGCCUUUGGAGCAGUACUUGUGUGUGUCUGGAGCAUCUGUGUGUCUUCCUGUGACAGACUCAAGGUCUCUCAUUUCUGGGACAGUACAAGUCUUCCUCUGACAGUGCAUGUCUGAUGGUGCCAGUGUCUUUGUGACAAGUUCUGGUGGUGUGUCUGACAAGACAUUUCUGUGUCAUUGUCACAUGGCAACGUCGGUCCAUGUGAAUCUCUCUGGAGUGCCUGUCUUUCUGUAACAGUGUUUCUCUGGGUGUCAUUCCGGGACAUAACUGGCAGCAUGGCUGCCUGACUGUGGAUGUCAGUCUGUGACCGUAGAUGUCUGCAUGUGUGUCUAGGACAAGUUUACAUGAAUGUGUCUGACUAUAGGUUUUGCGUAUAUCACAUGGUACUUCUGUGUCGAGUGCAUCUCUGUCUUCCUGCGGCGUGAGGAUCGACUAUUUUUCCCAAAUUUGCGUUGGAGGGUGUUUUACCACCUGUCUGAGCCCUUUCCAUCCCUGUCUCUCAUUGGGGAAGCAUACCCCCAAGCCACCAUCACUCUGGCUCGCUAGCACCCCCCACCACCACCACCCGAGAUCCACUACCCUCUGCCAUUCCAGAUUCUAGAUGUGCUGACUAGGCUCGCGGCCAGACCUAGCCAGGUCUGUCCAGGUUAAGGGCUCCAAAACACCCCACAGGCCUCUGCCUCAGGGCGUGGGAACGCUGUCUCCCGCAGUGGUAGGGGGGUUAUCCAUCCCUGGAAGCUGGAAAGGUUCUUCCAGGAUCCCCGGCUUCAGUUUUGGGGCAGAGGCCGCUGGUCGCCUAGAGGGCUCUCGUCUUGGGUGAGGAGCACUCUUUGGAGACAGGGUCCUGGGUAGCCACAGGCCCCGAUUCUUAGAAGCCCGGCCUGGCAUUAUCUCCGCGCUAAUCUCGAAGCAGCGGCUGCAAACCAACUUCCUAGGAAAGGAGGCGGUGCGGUUAUUUUUUUAAGUUUAUAUCUAUAUAUACACAUACACACACAUAUAUAAAAACAACCCCGCGCAACAACCAAAACAAAUGCGGUUGCUGCAAAGGGAUUCCCAGAACCGGUUUCCUCUUCGCGCGCGCGCCCCCCACAUUUGCAUGCGGGCCCGGCCCCCGCGGAAGAUCCGGGCAUGUAUUUGCAUGAGGGGGUACUUGAAGCGUUGAGGGUGGUAUGCAAAUAAGGAUUGGCUCCGAUUGGCUGGGGUACAGCAGGUGCCGCGUCCGGAUUGAUCAAAGCCAAGUGGGCGGGGCUGUCGCCCGGGGCGACUCUCUCGGGAGGCGCGUGCCCCGGCUCAGUAGCGUUGGGGCUGGCGCGCGCGUCGAAUCUUAACGUUGCGCUGUUUUGCGGGCGCUUUGGGGCCAUCAGCUUCUUUGCCUUCCACCCUGGCGCCCCCAAGUCCUGGCUCCCCAGCCUCGCUACCCCGGGCAUCCACGCCCUGCGGGCUCAGCGGGCUCAAUCUGCGCAGCACCACCUCCAUGUUGACUAAGCCUCUGCAAGGGCUCCCUGUGGCCCCCGUGACCCCCACGCCGCCGCCAGGAGGCAAAGAUCGCGAAGCGUUCGAGGCCGAGUACCGACUCGGCCCCCUCCUUGGUAAGGGGGGCUUUGGUACCGUCUUCGCAGGACAUCGCGUCACAGACCGACUCCAGGUGGCCAUCAAAGUGAUCCCCCGGAAUCGUGUGCUGGGCUGGUUCCCCUUGUCAGACUCAGCCACAUGCCCACUAGAAGUCGCAUUGCUAUGGAAGGUGGGUGCAGGCGGUGGGCACCCUGGUGUGAUCCGCCUGCUUGACUGGUUUGAGACACCAGAAGGCUUCAUGCUGGUCCUCGAACGGCCGUUGCCUGCCCAGGAUCUCUUUGACUACAUCACAGAGCAGGGCCCAUUAGGCGAGGGCCGGAGCCGCUGCCUGUUUGCCCAGGUAGUGGCAGCUGUUCGGCACUGCCACGCUCGUGGAGUUGUCCAUCGUGACAUCAAGGAUGAGAACAUCCUGAUGGAUCUCCGCCGGGGCUGUGCCAAACUCAUUGAUUUUGGUUCCGGUGCCCUGCUUCAUGAUGAACCCUAUACUGAUUUUGAUGGGACAAGGGUGUACAGCCCCCCAGAGUGGAUCUCUCGUCACCAGUACCACGCACUCCCAGCCACUGUCUGGUCGCUGGGUAUCCUCCUCUAUGACAUGGUGUGUGGGGACAUUCCCUUCGAGAGGGACCAGGAGAUUCUGGAGGCUGAGCUCCACUUCCCUGCCCAUGUGUCCCCAGACUGCUGUGCCCUAAUCCGCCGGUGCCUGGCCCCCAAACCCUCUGCCCGACCCUCACUGGAGGAGAUACUGCUGGACCCCUGGAUGCAGACACCAGCUGAGGAUGCACCCCUGAAUGCCCCCAAGGGGGGUCCUACCCCUUUGGCCUGGUCCCUGCUGCCCUAGUCCUAGCCAGGCCCCUGCUAGUUGGAAUAGCCGUCCCAUGGCAUGCCACAGGGAUAGAUGGACAUCUGUUGACCUGGUUAUACAGGUCAUUAAAAAUCCAGUGUUACUAGGGUCAGAGAUUGGGGAUCAGGGGUCAAGAGACAUAAGCGAAGUCUGCCCACUCCCCAUCCCAAUCCUGCUAAGGAGCCUUCCUCCCAGAACUUAUGGUCUCUUAUUCUGGAGGGCGGGGGGAACUUCCUUAUUUCUCAUUUUGCUAAGGGUGUUUAUUUGGUUGAAGUUCCUUCCAUUCUGAGCCCCAGGACUCUUAUUCUGAUGAGUUGUAACCCCUACACUGGCACCUCCUGCUACCACCACACACACUUAGUUCAAAUGCUCUCACUUGGGCAAGGGUGCUUUCCUUCCAAUGCCCCAGCAGCUCUUAUUUUAGCAAAAGGACCCUUUUUCCUAGCCCAGGGUCCUAUAUUCAGUGAAGCUGCUUGCCUACCUCAGCCCAGGGUUGCUUAUUCUGGGGGAGGUAAUGCCCUAUUGUUAUCCCAAGACUUUUUUUUUUAAUUAUUUUUUAUUAUUAUUAUUUUAUUUUUAUUUUUUAUUUUUAUUUUUUGGUGAGGGGACCCUACUCUGUUAUCCCAAGUGCUCUUAUUCUGGUGAGGAGAACCCUACUUCCAUGAUUUGGGAAGGAAUGGGAGAUGGACACCACCAGAGUCCGCUAGGAUGGGGUGGAUGGUUUUUUGGGGGAUGGGGUGGGGGAAAUCAUUCUUGUUGUUUGUUCUCCUGGGCCCCCCCCUCCAUCUUUUUCGGAUUCUUGCUGCCUCCUUCUGAGCCAGGAUUGUCCAGUUGCUGAAAUGUAAAUACUUAUGUAUUGGUGGGAGGGGAGCUCCAACUGUGUCCUCCUCUUCCUUCUCCCCCUGCCUGGAUUAUUUAAAAAAGCCAUGUGUGGAAACCCACUAUUUAAUAAAUGUUAUAGAA